AUAUAUUCCUUUACAUACCCACAAAAGACCGGCCAACAAAGCAAAUAAUACUAAUCAACUGAACUUACAAAGAUCUACAAAGAAGAAAAGAUGAUUCAAGAACUCUUAGGAGGUGCUGGCUUAAUUGGCGGUGAGAGGAAAAUUCCCAUCAAUGCAACCAUUUUAGAAGGCACGCCUUCUCCUUCUCCUUCUCUUUCUCCUUCACCAUCUCCUUCUUCUUCAACAACAUCAGCAGCAACUACUUCUGCUACUAACUCAACACCUUCUUCAGCUCAAGAGAACUUGAGAUGCCCUCGAUGCGAUUCUUCAAACACCAAGUUCUGUUACUAUAACAACUAUAACCUCACUCAGCCUCGCCACUUCUGUAAGACUUGCCGCCGAUAUUGGACUAAAGGUGGUGCGCUUAGGAAUGUUCCAAUUGGAGGUGGAUGUAGGAAAAACAAGAACACAAGCGUAUCGGCCUCAGUUGGAAAAUCUGGCACCAAUAAGAUGAAAACUAUGGCUUCUGACAUCGGACGAUCAGGUUUUGGAAAUGGGUUUGAACAUGAGCUUUCGUCAAGCCCUAUCAUGUGGGCUUCACCACAGAAUUCUCAUAUUUUGGCUUUGCUAAGAGCCACCCAAAACCCUAACCCUAGUACACUUUCUAAUUCUAUUUUUGUGAAGGAGGAGGGGGGUUUGAUUGGAAACCAGUUCAUAAGUGAGCCAGGAGUUGGAACAGCUGCACUGAAUGCUAGAACCCUAGGCUUGGACCCUAUUAGUCAAGUUCCUUCUCUUGGUCUUUGCAGCCCUUUUUGGAAAAGCAAUCAGCACCAACAAAACGGUUUCACUGUUGGUGAAGCUCAAAAUUCAGGGAUACAAGAACUGUAUCAAAGGCUUAGAUCAUCAACAAAUUACUAUACUGAUAACCCAUCAGCAAUAGUUCUAAGCAAUGUUGCGACUUCAUCAUCAACUUCAACUUCAACCAUUUUGGAGUCUGCUCCAGUUGCUGGAGGUGAGUUGGGUUACUGGAAUCCAGCCUUUUCAUGGUCUGAUCUUCCAACAACUAAUGGUGCAUAUCCUUAAGAACAAUUUUAAUUUUUUUUUUUAAGUUUUAGAUCUCCUUCAUUUUCUAGGGUUGUCGUUUGGGGUGUGGUAUAAGAAUAUGGUCGUAGAAUCAGUAUUUCUUUUCCGUUUCUUUUAAUGUUCUUGAUUAAGUAUGUGUGUUUUGAGGUGUGUUUAAAUUGUGAGGAUGUACCAAGGACCAAGAAGUAGUGAUGAAAAUAUUGAUUGGCUUCCAAUCCAUUUUCAUAUAAA